UGCGCGGAAUGCAGCGCGGGUUUCUUUGGGUCGCGGCGGAAGACGACGCUGCGGAGGCUUUUCAGUCACUCUGAAGUCCGGUCGCAUUUUAGUUUUUAUGAGAGUGCUUAUAGUGAACGCAGGCCUGACAGUCAACCAGGUCGGCCAGAACUUCACAUUUGUGUUGACUGACAUUGAGAGCAAACAGAGAUUUGGCUUCUGUCGCCUCUCCUCGGGUGCCCACCACUGCUACUGCAUUCUCAGCUACCUGCCCUGGUUUGAAGUCUUCUACAAGCUGCUUAAUAUACUUGCAGAUUACACCAUCAAAGGCCAGGAAAGCCAAUGGCAAGAGCUCCUGGUGUCACUACAUACUCUCCCUAUCCCUGAGCCUGGAGUCCCUGUUCAUCUUGGUGUGCAUUCCUUCUUCACUGUGCCUGACACAGGGGAACUCCCCAGCAUACCUGAGAAUAGAAACCUAACAGAGUACUUUGUAGCAGUAGAUGUCAAUAACAUGCUUCAUCUGUACGCUAGUAUGCUUUAUGAACGUCGAAUCCUCAUCUGCUGUAGCAAACUAAGCACUUUAACAGCUUGUGUCCAUGGGUCUGCAGCCAUGUUAUAUCCAAUGCACUGGCAACAUGUUUACAUUCCUGUCCUGCCUCAACAUCUGUUAGAUUAUUGCUGUGCCCCAAUGCCCUACCUCAUCGGAGUACAUUCCAGCCUGAUGGAGAAAGUUCGAGGGAUGGCUCUGGAUGAUGUGGUGGUCCUGAAUGUGGACACAAACACCCUGGAAACCCCUUAUGAUGACCUGCAAAGCCUGCCCAAUGAUGUGGUUUCAUCUUUAAAAAGUCGCUUGAAGAAGGUUUCAGCAACAACUGGGGACGGCGUGGCUCGAGCCUUCCUCAAGACUCAGGCGGCACUGUUCGGCAGCUACAGAAACGCUCUGCAGAUUGAGCCGGAAGAACCAAUAACAUUUAAUGAGGAAACCUUUGUGAACCAUCGUUCCAGUGCCAUGAGACAGUUCCUCCAGAAUGCCAUCCAGCUGCAGCUCUUCAAACAGUUCAUUGACGGCCGCUUGGACCUGUUGAACUCAGGAGAAGGUUUCAGUGACAUCUUUGAGGAGGAGAUCAACAUGGGCGAAUAUGCAGGCAGUGACAAGACCUACCACCAGUGGCUGUUCACUGUGAAGAAAGGAGGCGGGGCUAUCCUCAACACAGUGAAGACCAAGGCAAACCCAGCCAUGAAGACCGUUUACAAGUUUGCUAAGGACCAUGCAAAAAUGCGUAUCAAGGAAGUCAAGAGCCGGCUUAAGCAGAAGGAACAGGCAGAAAAUGGCUUCUCCACAGCAGGGUCAGCGGUCAUUGAUGACGACAACACAGCAGGGUUUACCUCUUCCGCCGGUGCGGUCAGGAGGGAGGGGCCACUGCGAACCUUGGACGACCACAGGCCAAUCACUGUGCACUUUGGACAGGUGGGCAGAAAUGAUGUGGCUCGGCCACCAAUGGUGUUGAAGAGGCCAAGCAGCAAUGUGAGUCUGGAGAGCAGUGUUGACCACGCGCUCCUCCCUAUAGAAGAGGAUACUCCUGAUGUCACCUGAUCAUAUGCUGUUACACUUUAACCCACUUGGUGGUGCCAUUAUACAAGGAACUCUCUGGUCUGAGACAAGAAAACAUCUGCCCGUUUCUAGUUUUCUUUCGUCCUUGGAAAAGGAUAAGAAAAGGGAUGUUUUGGAGAAAAUGAGCUCGCAGCCCUCACUCACUUCAACACCCUCUUUGUUACAUCAGACGUCUGCCAGACACACUAAGGGUCUCCUGCAGAUGGCUUCCUGUGUCUCUUACUGAGACAGAGGAAAGAGACAGCACACUGACAGAUGUUUUACUCUGAACUAUUUCACAUUCUCUGUUGCGUGUGGUUUUGCUUAAUGUUAAUGUGAAAAUGUGAAUAUUACAUGGAGAACAUUUUGUGCCACGCCAGUUUUUCAGUAAGACCAUCCUGAGUGCAUUUUCAAGGAACAUUUUAGUUGCUUCAUUUGAGUGAGUAAGUAAGUAAGUAAGUAAGCUUGAUUUAUUGAGCAUUCUGAGUAUGUUCAGUUUGAUAACUGAUCUAAAAAUGAAAUGAUGUUUUCUAACUUACCAGAAGAGAGAGUUAUGUAAGUCUAAAAUGCGAAGUGAAUGUAAAGUAGCCCACGUUAUAGUGACAGAGUUAAUGAGCAGGAGUAACUGUGUUGCAGCUUUGUACUUCUUCAGGGGGACAGAAAAAAUCUUACACCUUUCAGCUGCCAAAUACAGUCACACAGGGUUCAACGUUUUUGGCUUUCUUUCAGCAACCCUCGACCUUGUUUUGGUGUAUGGUAUUGAAAUUGAACAUUUAGUGGUGUUCCCACAGAAUCCCUCUUUAUCCGACCACUGU